AUGCCGCGACCACCAUCCAGCAGAGAUGGCUUCCAUUUCGCCGUCAUCUGUGCGCUACCUCUUGAAUUCGAUGCUGUCUGCCACUCGCUCGAUGAAGUUUGGGAGGGGCAAGAUGAAAAACUAGGGAAAGCUGCCGGCGACUUGAAUUACUAUACACUAGGAUGUAUGGGGAAUAUCCCUGUUGUUGUCUUCCUUCUGCCUGGGAAGGGGAAAGUUGAGGCUGCGAGCGCUGCGGCUAGUCUGCGCUCCAGCUAUAACAAUUUGAGUGUCGUUCUUGUUGUCGGUGUCUGUGGUGCCUUGCCGAAUCUGUUUGAUGAUACCGAAGUCCUGCUUGGAGACGUCAUCGUUAGCAACCACGUUGUACAGUAUGACUUUGGUGGCCAGUACCCAGACGGGUUUAAGCCAAAGACAUCGAUUGAAGACAAGCUCGGCAGACCUGAUAAAGAGGCCCGGAUCUUGAGUGCUCUGCUCAAGACUCAGCGUUACCGUGACAAGUUGGAAGACAACGCCUUCGAACUUCUGCAACAGCUUCGGGAGAAGGUGGGGAGAACCAAGUAUCGGGGCAUAUACAACUAUCCAGGGACCGCACAUGACAAGCUUUUUGAUUCAAAGUAUCGCCAUAAACACCAAGACGCAGAUGCUUGUGAGGUCUGUCGCACGUGUGACUCUAAUGACGACCCAGUGUGCGAAAGUGCUCUUGAAUCUAUAUGCGCAGAUCUUGGGUGCAGCGAUUCCUAUCUGAUUCCUCGGGGCCGUCUAAGAGAGCGACAGAGAGCAGAAGAAGCAGGCGAUAUGGGAACCCCGGCACUGGCCAUCCACACAGGCGGAGUUGGCUCUGCAGAUACUGUGAUGAAAUCAGGUGAGGUGCGUGACAGAAUAUCAAAGAGAGACAAGAUAAUCGCCUUUGAAAUGGAGGGAGCAGGUGCUUGGGAUGAAUUACCGUCAUGUAUCAUCAUUAAGGGUGUAUCUGACUACGCCGACUCCCACAAGUCAAAAAGAUGGCAGAAGUAUGCUGCGGCAACUGCGGUGUCUACGGCAAAAGCUCUACUAUUAAAUCACUUGGAAGACAGACAUACAAAGGGACAGACUCAGAGCCGGGUAUUCUCCGUGCCCUUCGCUGAAAACCACAGCUUUGUGGGCCGCGAGGGUGUGGUCAAGUCCUUGAUUAAUAAACUGUUUGAUAAGAGGAAUGAUCGCAUUGCUUUGGUCGGGAUGGGAGGGGUAGGGAAGACCCAAGUGGCCCUGAAGACUGCCUAUAAGAUGGAAAAUGAAGAACCAGAGUGCAGCAUACUCUGGCUGCCUGCAUUCAGUAUGGCCGGCUUCGAACAGGCAUGUACGGAUCUUGUGAAGAAGCUGAACCUUUCAAGCACCCAAGACAAUGAUGAUGCUAGGGAGCUAGUUAAGCAACAUCUGAACUCGGAAAGCUUCGGCCAAUGGCUUCUCAUUCUGGAUAAUGUGGAUAGUGACGAUGUCCUGCAAGGAUCUGAAGGUGUUCAUGGGAUAUACCCCUACCUACCACGGAGCCGGAACGGUCAAGUCUUGAUCACAACACGGUCGCGGAAAAUAGCCGUCGAGUUUGCAAAGCAAAAUGUGAUCGAGAUCACGGAGAUGGAGCAUACAGACGCCAAGAGCCUCUUGCAGAAUUCUCUGGGUUCCGAACAUUUGAUAUGGGAAGACCAUACGGUCAACGAGCUGCUGCAUUUAUUAACCUAUCUGCCGCUAGCCAUAGCACAGGCAGCGGCCUAUAUGAAUAUGUUUAAAGUGCCUAUCGAAGAAUAUCUUAGGCUUUGCCGCCAUUCUCAACAAGAUAUGAUGGAAUUAAUGCGAAACCGAUAUCACGACGAUACACUUUACCACGAGAGCCAGGGAGCGGUAGCCACAACAUGGCUGAAUUCGUUCAUUCAGCUCCAGAAGAACAACACAGCGGCCGCAAAAUUACUCUUCUUCAUAAUGUGGAUAGAGCCUCAAGCUAUUCCUCAGUCGAUAUUGCCUGAUGUAGGGUCAGAACAAGAAAAAGUAAAGGCAAUAGGGAUACUUUGUAGUCUUGGCUUCCUUCGGGAGAGACCGAAACGGAGGAUAUUUGACAUGCAUAGUCUAAUGCAUAUGCUUAAAAAAGCAGCACUAUCUCAAAAUCAUCCAGUACGACUAGCAUCGCAACUUCAUCUAGCAAUAGCAUACCAAUAUGCUGGACGGAACGAGGAAGCGACUACACUCCUAGAGCAUGUUGUCAAAGUCAAAGAGGCAACGCUACCUCAGGAUGAUUCAUCACGACUAUUAUCGCAACAUCAGCUAGCAGUAGCUUAUUGUGGCAAUGGACAGAUCAAGGAAGCGAUUACACUCCUAGAGCAUGUUGUCAAAGUCAAAGAGGCAACGCUACCUCAGGACAAUCUAUCACGGCUAGUAUCGCAACGUCAGCUAGCAGUGGCUUAUGGUGCCAAUGGACAGGCCAAGGAAGCAAUUGCACUCCUAGAGCAUGUUGUCAAAAUCGAAGAGACAAUGCUACCUCAGGAUCAUCUAAGGCGACUUGGGUCGCAAUAUGAGUUAGCAAGAGUAUAUAAAGACAAUAGGCGGACUAAGGAAGCGAUUACACUAUUAGAGCACGUUGUUAAAAUCGAAGAGAUAACGCUGCCCCAGCAGCAUCCAUUACGAGUAUUAUCGCAAGAGCUGCUAGCAGUUGCUUACGAUGCCAAUGGACAAACCAAGGAAGCAAUUACACUCCGCGAGUAUGUCGUUGAAAAGCAAAAGAUAACGCUGCCUUGGAACCGCGCAAAGCCACUUGGAUCGCAAAAUAAGUUGGCAGCAGUAUAUCAAGCCAAUGGGCAGAUUGAGGAGGCGGCCGCGCUAAUGGAGCAAGUUGGCAAGCAUCGAGAGACGACCGACGCAGGAUGA